AUGCACGACAACAGCACCAUUCCCAUUGCAACAACACUGAUUUUACAUUACGGCGAUUCCAACCUCGAUAUCUCAAGGCUCUACGAUAAGCCCAGAGGGAAUGUGUAUGGGCAUUAUAGACUCUGCGCCCCUCGAACUACCACGACAUCGAACUCCUACUCGUGGAGUAAGAACAACAUGUCGGCAUACAUGUGGGACGCUGGACUGUGGGGGGAGCAAGUGCCGAAUCUAGGCGGAUAG